GGCUGUUCAAGUGAGACUUUCAGUUUCCAUUUCCCUGCUCGGUCCAUCACCCUAGAGGCUGCUUCUCCUUAUGACUCAGAUGUGCAGCUGGUGGCUGGAUCUACACAGCUAAGGCCAUCUGGGUCCUGCUUGAGCACAUCCAGGGCGAGAAUCCUUGCCUGAGCAUCCAGUGAGCUGUAAGGAAAAUCUCUCACAGAUCCCGUGACAGGUGCCAAGGAUCCAGAAGUUCUCAUGGCCUCUCGAGAGAGCAGACAAUUCAUCAAGGAAGCCCCUGGGCAUCUCCAGGACACGGCAGGCAGAGAUGACCUGCAUCGCCUAGUGACUGAAGAUGGAGCCUGGGAGGCAUUCGUAUCUAAGGCCAAAUUGCCCAGGGAUGAGGCACUUGCACUGCACAAAGUGCUGAGGGACCUGACUGCGCUCUCGGCCCAAGCAGACAGAGACAGACUUCAAAAAGACCUGCAGUGCAGGAAGAAGCUUUGGAAAGCAUUUCCUCACUUGAGAGCAGAGGCACAGAAGCGCAUCGUGCAGCUCCGUGUCCUGGCUGACCACGCUGAGGAGGUGCACAGGGGCUGCGUCAUCUCCAAUUUAGUGGCUGACUCCUUCAGUACUGCCUCUGACAUCCUGGGCCUCCUUGGUCUGUUUCUGUCUCCGGUGACGGCAGAGGGCAGUCUGAUGCUCUCAGCAACUGGGUUGGGCCUGGGGGUAGCAGCUACUGUGACUAGUGUUGCUACUUCCAUUGUGGAGGAAACAAGGCUUUUGGAUGAAGUGGAAGCCGGUCACCAAGCUUCAACUGUCAUGGAAGUAUUGGAGGCUGGAACAACCAUGGCUAGGAUUACCAGCAAGUUACCUCAGGCUGCCAAAGAUAUCACCGAAGACCUCGAAGCCCUUGAGCAGCACAUGGAUGCCCUCAGGCUGGUUAGAGCCAACCCUCACUUAGAGGAAGAUGCCAGGAUCCUCGCCACCACCGGAAGGAUCUCAUCCCAACGUGCUAGACGUGUGCAGACUGCUUUGAAAGGAACCCCUCUGGUGAUGAGCAAUGAAGCCCGGAUCAGGAGUGCCACCACUGCCGGUGUGUCUCUCUUGAAAGAUGUUGACAGCCUUGUGAAAAAGUCAAAGCAUUUGUACGAAGGGACACCGUCAGAGGCAGCUGAAGUACUCAGGAAGCUGGCUCAGGAGCUGGAGGAGAAGUUGAAGAAGCUCACCAAAUUCUAUGAGACACUCUGUUCAGGCUCCAACUAGUCAACCCAACCCCCAAGACAUGCUGAGGUCAGGGGAAAGGAACUGGACAGGGAUGGGGACAGUGAGAGGGGGGAACAAGUGAUCGGUCAAGUCCAUGGGACAGAGAUCCAGGCCUAUGGCUGAUCACGGCAGGUUAGUGUGCAUAGCAGUGGGCAAAUGAGUCCAACUGGAGCCUGAGACAGGGAAUGGAGGAUGUGCCAAAGAUGAAUUGGAGAGAAGGGCUCCUGGACUAACUGUGGAAGAAGCCCGUUAUCAGAAAGACUGGACAGCUCUCCCCAUCUCAGCUAUAGGAAACAAAGCAUGGCAGAAAAGAACCCACAAAACAGAAACGCAAGAGAAGGUGUGUGCUAUGUAAAUAAGCCGAGACCCCCAGCCCUGUGCUUCAGAGCCUGUGCCUUGCAGAGUCCCCAGUCCACUCCCAUCCUCAGGCAGGUCCUCAUCCCCUAAAUAAACUGCUUUUACUGACUUCCUCA